GGCCAACAAGCAUCCCACAACACGUUACUAGGCUCUGCAAAACUCUCUCUCGCGCUCACCAGAUGCGUGUUUGAUGUUUCCAUGGACUACACCGGCAGAUGGUCUUCUCAGCAGCAAACCCCACAAAUCCCUAACCUUACCCCUAUAUUUUCUUCAAUUCCGCACGCUCUAAUGUACCACCAGCCACCAGAAACCUCCCUCUCCGCCUUGUCAUCCCACUUCUCUCACCAACAUCCCACCACAAAUCCUAUCCCUAGCCCUUUUCUAUAUUUUCCGCAGCCAGUGCUUCCCUCUUCCCUAACCUCUAACCCUGACCUUCACCCACCUGGCACCGAUCCCUCUGUCAAUUCGUGCUCCUACCCAUCAACCCAGGUCGGUUUUCACGGAUGGGUUUCUAAUCAAGCUGAAGCCAUCAGUAAUGAAGCUGCUAUCUGUUCUUUGAGUGAGAAUUAUAGUGUGUCCACCAAUGAUGCCUCGGGGAUAAUUCCACAGCAAACUAAGGUUGUUCAGUCCAUGAGGUGUGAGGUCUGCAAAAUUGAUUGUAAUAGCAAAGACGUUUAUGAGACACACAUAAUGGGAAAGAAACACAAGAGGAAUUUGCAAGUACAAAAUUGUCCAACUAGUGCAAUGUUAUCAGGCAGCUCUGAUAUGAUAACUGAUAUAACAACCCAGAUAGGCAGUAUAGGUGGACAAACAAUAUUUGGAGCUUCAGGUGUGGCUGCUAGUGAGGAGUUGGAGACAAAGAAACGGAAGCUUUUGGAUGGCGGUGCAGUAGUUGAUUCUGUCAGGUUUUGCACAAUAUGCAAUGUUGCUUGCAAUAGCCAAGAAGUGUUCAAUAAACAUCUGGCUGGGAAAAAACAUGCUUCUCAGGACAGGAAUCAAUUCUUGAUGAAUAGGAUGGAUGUAAUCAAGGGAUCAGAAGAUACCCAAAAAGAGGAAACUCUUACAGAAUCUCCUUCAUCAAAACUGAACACCAUUCUGAGCAUGCAGAAGUCCUUUGGUGAUAAACAUGGAAUUGGCUAUGAUCAAACUGCUUCUACUUCAAAAAAUAUGGCUCGCUUAAUAGCUCUUAAUGGGGUCGGACCAUAUAUUGCUGCAAUCAGGUCUCAUGAUAGUGGCACUUUCAGAAAAUACCCAAAGAAAAACAAGUUUGUUCAAUCUGCAUGGUGUGAAGUAUGCAAAAUCAAUUGCAACAGCAGUGAUAUCUACAUCAAACACAUAUCAGGAAAGAAGCACCAGAGGAACCUGGAGAAACUGUCGCAAUCAAAGAAUGAUGCCGGUGCCCCCGCCCCAAAUGCUCCACUGGCCUCAACAAAGCCAGUAAUUGGACCAAUAGAAAAUCCGGAGGCCAAUAAGGGCAAGAGUGUUGUGCAAAAUUCAGGGGAAAAGGUAGCCGAGUCACAGGCAUCAGAAGAAGAUCUGGAGACAAAGAAACGUAAGAUUUUGGGACUUGGAGCAGCAGCCGAAGCUGUUAGGACCUGCACCAUAUGCAAUGUGGUGUGCAACAGCCAGACAGUCUUCAAUUCUCAUCUUGCUGGUCAGAAGCAUGCUACCAUGGUGAAGCAAUCGCAGGGUCUCAACUAAUAACUGCCACCUAAACCUGAUUGCUUGGAGACCAAGUAUAAUUUAUCAGGAUCAUUUUUUCUUUUCAAGAUGUUGUACAUGCCCCUUUUGUCUUGAAAUAUUAAGAUGUAGCCUUUAGUGUCUC